ACUUCGCUCCAAUGUCGCUGUAAAAGCUCUGAUUGGACGAGAGGAGUAAGGGGAGGUUACAGCCAGGCGAACACGCUGCCACGUGACGAUGUGCUGAAGGCUUGCGCCAGGGGGCGGGUGUCACAGCAGUCACGUGAUGUUGUUUACGUCCUUCUUAAGCUGUGCUGGGGUUUCCUGCUGGCUGCUGCUGCGUGCUCUGAGGCAGUGAGUGAAUGAUGCUGUUGCUGUGUGAGCGGACUGACUGCACAAAUCAGUGUGUGGCCGUGGCGUGUGUGCUGAGCAGCUGUGUAGAGCGUGGUGAUAAUAGUUACAGUCCGCCUUUACCACAUAACAUGUCAGAAACCUAUUUUCUGGGGAAAGACCAAAGAUUAAACCUGGCAUACAUAUCUUCUGUCCCACUUGGUGGCAUCAUGCAAGUCAGAAUUCACUGGUUAAUGGACCUGAUUAAAGUUUCAGUUGUUGAUGGAACACCGCAGUAUGACUUCACAAAACUGGAUGAACUAAUGGAUAUUCUGGUGGAGAAUGGCUUGGUGCCAGGCUUUGAAUUGAUGGGAAGUCCAUCUGGAUAUUUUACUGAUUUUGAAGAUAAAAUACAAGUUACUGAAUGGAGUCGUUUGAUCUUCUUAACAGCAAAACAUUAUAUCGCAAAGUAUGGGUUACCCCAUGUCUUGGCGUGGAAUUUUGAAACUUGGAAUGAACCAGAUAAUCAUGAUUUUGAUAACGUUUCCAUGACCGUCAAAGGUUUUCAGAACUACUAUGAUGCCUGCUCUGAAGGACUGAGACAAGCAAGUCCGCUGCUGAAAUUUGGGGGCCCUGGAGACUCAUGCAGGUCACCACCAAGGUCGCCUAUUUGCUGGAGUCUCCUGAGUCACUGCUUCAAUGGGACCAAUUUUUUUACUGGGGAGACAGGUGUGAGACUGGACUAUAUUGCUCUACACAAAAAGGGAGGAGGAAGUUCUUUUCACAUUCUGGAGCAAGAAAUUGACACUGUUAGCGAAAUUCAAGCGCACUUCCCACAUUUCAAAUCUGUUCCUAUAUAUAACGAUGAAGCAGACCCGCUAGUAGGAUGGUCCACUCCACAGUCAUGGAGAAGUGACGUCACAUAUGCAGCUAUGGUAGUAAAGGUAAUAGAUCAACACUUAGACUUCUUGCUUUCAAAUGAAAGCCCCAGUAUGAACUACAGCUUGCUAAGUAACGAUAAUGCUUUCAUGAACUAUUACCCUCACUACUUUACUCAGAGGACAUUGACGGCAAGAUUCCAGAUGAACAACACUAAGCCCGCACAUGUCCAGAUGGUGAGAAAACCAGUGCUAACUGUAAUGGGCUUGCUGGCUUUAUUAGGUGAAGUACAGAUUUCCACCCACAUAAAUAUGGAUAAGGAGAAAUCCAGCAAUAGCAGUACUGUUGGAAUUAUAGCAAGUGUACAUGAUCCAGAGAAAGGGGAGCUGUCAGAUAGCUGGCAGUCAGUCAUCCUCAUGUACGCAUCUGAUGAUAACAGAACAUCUACUGACAUAAAUUGUAUAACAUUAAAUCUCACACAUUUCCCAAAGUCAAAAGAUCUUGUGUAUGUAACAUAUUACAUGGAUAACACUUUAACAAAUCCAUUUUUGGUAUGGCAGAAGGCAGGAAGUCCAGACUUUCCAACCAUUAAAGAAUUUAAAGAAAUACAUAAUGCAGAGGACCCAGUCAUGGAAGGACCAACUGCAUUCCCUAAAGAUGGAAUUCUUAAAGUUCUGCUUCCCAUUCCCUCUGUGCUUCUUGUACACAUAUGUGAACAACCUCAUUCUCCUCCCAGAAAGGUCACCGAUCUUCGCAUUAUACCUCUCUUUAAAGGGCAGGUAGCCGUGGUUUGGAGUGAUGAAAACGUAAUAACUAGAUGUCUGAAGACAUAUGAAGUGGAAUUUUCCAUUGAUGGAUUCAUCUUCAGUCGGAUAAAUAAAAAAAAAAUAUUGUUUACUUUAUUUACAUACAGCCCUGAAAGUGCCAAAGUGUCAGGCUCAUACAGAGUCCGUGCCAUCAGCUUCUGGAACGUCCCAGGACCCUACAGUCUUAUAGAAGAAUAUACAGAAUUGUCUUAGAAGCAUUUAUAAAACAUAAUACCAAUACAUUUACGUAUCUGAUCAGAGUGACACGAGCAGCAGUUUUAUGAAGCAUUGCUAAUAUGAAAAUGUAACUUGGUGCCACAGUGGUAUACUUCAAGAGUGCAGUGGCCACACUAGGAACUAGUACUUUCUUAAACAUGUAACAUACAUAGACCUUACGGGGUUUAUUUACUAUAGUGCAGGUUUUUAUAAGUGGAAAUGUUGCCCAUAGCAACCAAUCAGAUUCUAGUUAUCAUUUAUCUAGUACCUCCUAUAAGAUAAUAGCCAGAAUAUGACAGGUUGCUAUGGUUGCUAUCUCCACUUGUAAAAAAACACGCAUUUUAGUAAAUAUACACUGACUUGCGGAAAAGAGGAAACUCCCUUUAUAGUUAUGCCAUACCUUACUACACUGUUAAAAAGUCCCCAUGGAGACAAAAGUGUGCGCAGUGCAGAAACACAUCGAUGAUCCACUGUUGGGUGCAUGGCCAUCACGUCUAUUGGUUGUGGUCACAUUACAUGGGGAGCGAGUAAUGCUUCUCACCUGUUACACAUUAGCGGGCUUAUUUACCAUGUACAUUGCAGAUUUUAAGUGAUUUUGCUACAGAGUUUAAAGUGUGGAUAUUUUUAAGCCAAAUGCAGUUUUUUUUGUCUAAGAAAGACCACUGCUUUAAAUCUUGCAAUGAAAAUCUGUGA